AUGAUACCGAACUGUAUAAGAAAUAUAGGUGCUCAAACGUCGAAGAGAAACGUGAGUAUACGAUCGAACGACAAAUGACCUCUAAACUAGAUACUUGCCAACACGUUCCAUGCCAGGGUCUUGUUAUAAUUUCUAAUCGUACGAACUCUGCUCGAGAGUCUUGCAAUUGAACGUUCGUUCUUUUCUUUUUUUAUAUCUCCUCCUGGUGUCUUGCCAGUUCGGCAGCUGGAACGAGGUAAUUAUUCAUAUAGACUUUAUUCAUGCGUUUAUCACCAAUAAAUCACAGUUUGUUUCUUUUCUUUUAUACCACCUCGUUUUCGGUCUCUUCUGCUUUUUUUCGUUUGUUCUUUUUCUUUUUUAUAAGUACGUGGUCAAUCAGAACAUAGGUAAGUAUAAAAUUACAAUAGAGUCGUGCACUUUCUGUAUUUUAUACAGUUUUGUGAACACAAUUUUUCUUUUUAAAUUCACAAGUGAAAACUAACUUUAUGUUACAUACCUUUUUGCGCUAUUAUUGCAUUCCUUUUGCAUAUUCUUGUUACAAUAAGUUAUAAUAAGUACAGAUAUUGUAUAUUGAUCUUUACUGUGUAUUUGUAGGUGGUAUCGUACUUCUUCAACAAGAAAAACAAUUAUGCCACAGAAGCUUCAUUCGAAACAAAACCCUUCAGAUUACACAAAUUGGACAGCGGACCGUCCACUCAAGUCUCUGUUACUAGAGAUGAAGCGUUAGAUCUCUAUAAAAAACUACAUACAAUCCGUCGUAUGGAAACGGCUGCUGGAAAUCUUUACAAAGAAAAAAUUGUCAGAGGUUUCUGCCAUUUGUAUUCGGGUCAAGAAGCCUGUGCAGUUGGUAUAAAAGCAGCUCUGCGGUCACAAGAUUCUGUGAUUACAGCUUAUAGAGCUCAUGGGUGGACCUAUUUAAUGGGAAUAGAACCAUUUGGCGUUUUAGCUGAAUUAACUGGUAGAAAAGGAGGAAAUGCAAAAGGUAAAGGUGGUUCUAUGCAUAUGUACACCAAAAACUUUUACGGUGGAAAUGGUAUUGUUGGUGCCCAAGUACCAUUGGGAGUAGGUAUUGCUUUUGCUCAGAAAUAUAUGAACACUGGAGGAGUGUGUAUCACAUUAUAUGGAGAUGGUGCAGCCAAUCAAGGACAAGUGUUUGAAGUAUACAACAUGGCCAAAUUGUGGGAUGUUCCUUGUAUCUUUGUUUGUGAGAACAAUGGGUAUGGUAUGGGUACUAGCAUCGAUCGUGCUUCUGCAAGUACCGAAUAUUAUACAAGAGGAGAUUACGUUCCUGGAAUUUGGGUGGAUGGUAUGGAUGUGCUAGCAGUUAGAGAAGCUACCAGAUUUGCCAUUGAUUAUUGUACGUCUGGCAAAGGACCUCUUGUUUUAGAAACUGUGACUUAUAGAUAUAGUGGACACAGUAUGUCCGAUCCUGGAACAAGUUAUCGUACGAGAGAAGAAAUCCAGGAAGUGAGGCAGACUAGAGAUCCUAUAACUGGUUUUAAAGAACGAUUAUUGAAUGCCAAUCUCGUUACUGCAGAGGAAAUAAAGGCGAUGGAGAACGAAAUUCGAAAAGUUGUAGACGACGCUGUAAAAGCUGCGAAAGCGGAUACCGAAAUUCCAUUGAACGAACUUACUGCCGAUAUUUAUUCCAAUUGCUUAGAGAACGAAAUUCGCAAUAUUACUCCAUUUAAUCCACUACCACACACGAGGCUAGGUCCAGCUGUGAAUGCCUAGAUUAACUCAUAAAAAUUUUUAAACAAAUUCUGUAUUAAAUUUCAUUUAUUAUAGCGAUGUCUGCCAUUAAUAGAGUUACUAGUUAAUACAAGAGAUUCUUGGAGUGUAACUCCAUUUCUUGGAGUUAUCGGCAAGCAAAAUAGUAAAAUCAUUGGAACACGUUUUUGUUUAUCAUUACAGUUGUACAUACACAAUGUGUAUAUUUAUUUUAUUUAUAGAAAUAUAA